GUUCUCCUUGAUUUUCAUUUUAUUAUUUAUUGUCUUGUUUUAUUCAAUUCUUUUCUUUUAUUUUCUUAUUGACUAAACAAUGCCAAAAACAGACACAAGUUUUUCUACUUACACUUCCAUGAUGCGGGUGACAAGCAAAGGAAGACCAUAUACUAAAGAUCUAUAUGACAUGUUUGCUGCUGUAUUGCUUCAGAUUGAACUGACGGAUCACCGAAUCAUGUUUCGUACUUAUCCUUACACAUUCACCACAGCCGAAGCCGCUCAAGUCAUGUCCUCGCUCACAUUCAUUCAUGUUCACCGAAAACCCGAUCCUGCAGAUCCCUCACGUCAAAUUGCGACUCGGACCACAACCACAUUCAGCAUGGACUAUGGUACAGCAAAGCACUUGCUACAACAAUUCUUAGCUGCUCGUCUCAUCAUGAGUGCUACUGAUCCCACCAAUUGGUCUAUCAAAGACAAAGGUCUUUGGUCUCCUACAUUAAAGGGCAAAUAUGUACUCGAAGAAUUUACUGAUUCCACUCAAGUAGAGAUGCCUAACACACUCAUUGCUGCCCUGAAUGCACCUUACAUGUCUCCUGGAUCCACUGGCCGCUUGAUUACCUUAGAGCGCCUCAGUGAUAACGAUGACCAAAUCACAUUUGCUCGGCCAAAUAUGACCAUAGCCUUCAAAGCCAUGAUGUCAAGUUUACCAAGAGAUGCUCUGUUUAUGGAAGAAAUUGUUGGUGUUGAGAAACGUAGCUUUACCGGCCAGUAUGAACACACGAUUGUAGGCACACAUUGUGUUGAAUGGUUGUGUGAUCGUUUGACUGUCAAUUCCCGAGAAGAAGCUGAAAUGGUUGCUGCUCAAUUUGUCUUGUUUGGCUGGAUUGCACUUGUCUUGGACCGAUCAGAUCGCGUGCUAAAUAGUAAAGAUGAUGCCAUGGCAUUCAAGACAGCAAGGAAUGCAAUCUAUUAUAUCACUGAGCGUGGUUGCUUGAUUCUCGGAGCAAAAGCCUUUACAGGCGAAGAGCAAACAAGCAGCAUCUCGGCUGAUUCUGUAACAACAAACGAUAGCCAUGUUAUCAUGAAGCAAGCACCUCGUAGACGCAAUCCAUCAGCCAACAGUAACGUCAGUUAUGAGUCUACAGAAGCCAAACCUGCUGAAAUGAUACGCCAUGAUUCCGCUACUGCUGGUAUAACCCCUCCUGAACGCCCACCAAGCAUGAUUGAGACUUCUCCCAUUAAAGAUAAUUCACAAUGGACACGUUUGAUGCAAAUCUUGGAAACGCCAUUAAUGCGUAUGUAUUUCCGAGACUUUUUACGUUCCAAUUAUUGUGUUGAGAACAUCAAUUUCUGGGUUGAUCACAAUAAGCUGAUAGCUAGCAGCAACAAGAAUGUGAUUGACCAACUUUCAGACGCUUAUGCAAUUUACGAAAACUACCUUGGACCACAAGCAACAGCCGAUUUAAAUAUUGACCAUACACUGAAUCAAGACAUCAUUCGUUAUUGCUCUACCUAUUUCUAUACUGUCAAUCAAACACCUCCGUCCCAUGUCCCUCAUUUUACUAUGUCUUUCCCUACGCCCAAUCAUACCACUGUCGCUCCUUCUGCUAAGUCCUCCAAGGCGUCCACUCGUCUUUUAUUAUUACCGCCUCAAGUUGUUUCAGGUACAAGCAAGAAGCGUAUUGUGGUCAUUCGAGGCAUGGUACCUGAAAAAUGCUUAAGCAAAUUACUUUUUAUAUUUUCCAAGGUCAAUGAUCAUGUAUGUCGCAUGAUGGCCGAAGACUCAGUCCCCAAGUUUAUCAAGACCAAGAAAUAUAAAGACUUGAUACUUCAACAAGAAAAGAAGAAGCAAGAACAACACGAAGAAGAGAGUGAUGAAGAAAGUAUUGAUAUUUAUUUUGAAGAUAGUGAUGAAGAAAAUCAAGUGAUUAGUUUGACAACAGCCUUGUCUGCUCAAAGAAGUUCAAUGGACCAUCAACGACAUAGAAAUGAUGCCAUUUCAAUCAUGUAAUAUAAAUAUGUAUAAUAAGACUUUAAUGUAGGUAGUACAGAUGUACUAUUUAAGACCGUAAGGAGAUUGUAGAAAUAGGAUAAAUUGAAUAAUUAAAACGCCUAAGAAUUCAUAUGCUCAAUAUACUCUAUUAGCACAAGCCGCCAAUGGCACAUGGAAUAAAGUGUAGGAGGAGAUUAAGGAGCAAAGCAAGAUUUUUCUUUUUUAUGUUUGGCUGAGCAAGUCCUAUUUAAAGACAAGUCAACUGAGGUAACUCGAGACACAAAAGCGCCACAGCAGAUAAGAGAAUUGCCAAAAAAAAAAAAA